AUGUUUUUCUGCACCUUCUCCGCCGCCGAACCUUGCGGCAACCACCGUUUUCAUGGAGGCAAAACCUUCGCCUCAUGCACCGACCUACCUUCCUUAAACUGCUCACUUCAUUGGAACUUCCAUUCAUCGUCUCAAACAGUCGACAUCGCCUUCCGGCAAAGCAGCGUCGACCAAAACCCAAGAUGGAUUUCAUGGGCGAUCAAUCCGCACUCGAAAGGCAUGGUGGGUUCACAAGCAUUGGUCGCUUUCCAAAGAGACGAUGGAACUAUGAUGGCUUAUACUUCUCCUAUAACAAGUUACGCGACUCAGCUUCAACAAGGUGACCUUAGUUUCCCCGUCGAUCGAGUUUCCUCGAUCGUCGACGGCAACGAGAUGAUCAUCUUCGCAACCCUGAUGUUGCCGGCCGCCAACGCUACCACCGUGAACCACCUUUGGCAACAAGGACCCUUAGUCGGCAACGUUCCCAGGAUGCACCGAUUGUCCGGUCCCAACAUGGCUUCGACCGGAACCCUGGAUUUUCUCUCCGGCAAGGUCGUUGUUCACAAAACAAGUAGCCGAUGGAAGAUACUUCAUGGAGUUUUAUGCAUAUUGGGAUAUUGUAUUCUAAUGCCUAUUGGAGCUUUAAUCGCAAGGCAUGGGAAGCAAGGGGCAGGCACUACUUGGUUUAAACUACAUGUUUAUACUCAGUGCACAGCUUACUCGAUGGGUUUGGGUGGUGGGAUCGUUGGUAUUUUGCUUUGGCAUGGAGUUGGGGCCAAUGGAGUUAAAACUUGCGGUGCAAGCCAUCAAUAUAUAGGAAUUGCCCUUCUUUGCCUCGGGUUCUUUCAAGGGAUAAUAGGGCGUUUCAGGCCACACAAGGAAGAUAAAAAGAGGGUCUACUUCAAGAUCUUUCACUUCACAAUGGGAUAUGGAACCAUUGGAUUAAGCAUUGUCAAUGCCUUGCUGGGUUUUCAUAUGGUACAUUUGGGGAUCAAGGCUUGGCCUCAAUUGACGUUCAUUGUUGUAAUGUCAUUGUUGGGAACCUGUGCUUUAAUCUUGGAAGGAUUCAGCUGGUGGAAGUGGAGCAAAUCAGCAAUUAUCACCGAAGGUGCUUUGGAAGAAAUUUAA